AUGAACGCCGGGUCGUGGUGGUCAAUGAAUGGAGACAGCAAUGAACACUCAUGGAACAUAUGUGGAGAUCCCAAGACUUACGAUCCUUUGAAAAGUGCCCCAGUGAAGCUUACUGCAGCGAUGAGAGACUUGGGGCGAAGUCGUGUCCACACAUUUGGCGGACAACUUCCACUUGUCCAAAUUAGUCUGAUGCAUACAUUCUCCAUGCACAACAGCUUUGACAUAACAAGCUCGGCAUAA